AAAAAAUAUUUUAUUUGUUUACUUUACAAUAAGAUAAUACGAAUUUUAUGAAUUAACAGAAGAAAAUUAACCAUGCGUAAAUUAUAGCCGCUUACACUCGCGUGUGAGUGGUAAGACGAGCCGAGAGCCGAGCUACGAGACGCGUAUGUAAAUCGGUGGACUCGCGUAGAGGAGCGGUUUUUAGAGCACAAGUCAAAGGGGCUCGUAGCAUGCUUGUUGUCUACAAUCGCGUUCGGAUAUCAUUCAGUUACAAAACAAACCUUAUACUCUGUGCCAAUUGUGUUUCAAAUCGAUCAACUCGACGAGCUUAUGAGCUGAAGCCGAGACACGAGACGAGCCGCGAGCUGAGCCAUGAGGCGAGAGUGUAUCGGUUAGCUCGACGAGCUUACGAGUUGUGGCUGAGACACGAGACGAGCGAGUGUAAAUAGGCUAUUAAAAUAUUGAUAAGUUAAGGCAGGAAUGACCCUAUUCAUACUAGCAACACUAGAACAGCUGUCAAUUUUUUAAACAAACCUGUCAAUUUUUAACUCCAGCACUUCCACAAUCAAUGUCAAAUAGCAAUAAAUUUUACAUUUCGCUCAAUCCAGUCACCCGUCUCGCUUCAUCUCUCUCACAAGUUUUUGUUUUCGUAACUUUGUGCUGGCCCAGUUUUACGCUUUAUUUUCCUUAUUAGCACAUACACAAUAACUUAAACUUCAGUUUUUAUCUCACAUUACAUACGAGAUGUGCUACGUGAUCAUCACAGGGCGGAGUUUGGCUUGGCUCCUGCUGAGUUUGGUAGCUUUUAUGUUAAUUCUUUCCGGUAUAAUGACUCCCAAGUGGUUGUUAGGGCAGCCUAUGGUGCAAAAUAGGGAUAAUAUUACGGGAUUCUACGUUCCUAGUGUCGGGAUAUACAAUAGAUGCUUGCGUAUUAAGGACAGUCACAAUGACUGUGGUUCUUUCUCGUUCUACGGCUUCGCCACUGAUCCUAGCCGGUACCCAACCCCGUGGAAAGCUGCAUUAUUCUUCUUAUCUUUAUGCGCAGCCAUACAAUUCUCGACGGUGCUGGCCGGCGUGAUGGCGUGCUGCGUUCAGUCCGUGUUCAAGAAGAGCGUUAUAUCAUUGGCUGGCGCUACUCAAGCUUUGGGAGGGUUAUUCGGAGUGCUAGGCCUCCUGCUGUACCCUUGGGGUUGGGGAACCCAGCGCGUUCGACAACUUUGCGGCGAAAACUCUGAGCCAUACAUACCAGGAGACUGUUCUAUUGGUUGGUCCCUGUACGUGGCGGCGCUGGGCGUGGCGCUGGUGUUCGUCGCCAGCGCCGCGUCGCGCGCCGCCGACCGCGCCGCCGCCUCCGACGCCGUGCAGUUCCACAUCGACGAGGGGAAACAGCUCAUUUGCCUGGCCUGAUCACUUCUGUGUACCGUUCACGGCUAUACACGACAAAAUUCCCAUUUCAGGUCCUCGGUUAUUUUGACGCCCAGAUCGAUUUGUGCCUUAACAGCUUUUAAGGGAGUGUUGUGCAAAUUAUACGUGUAAUGUAGUUUUUUUUUACCUAUGUGCAGAACAGUACAUUUUGUAGAAUUCAGGUUCAUGAGCCUUUCUUUAGAACAGUUCCAUACUUUGUUAAGGUCGUCUUGUAGCAGGUUAUAGUCGAGCAAUGGUCAGUUUUUUCAACUGCCUGCCUGCUUUACAAAUAAUAAUCAAAAAUCGGAAAAUAUUACAUCAAUGACUAGCAUCAAAGAGAAUUUGAAAUAGACGUGGAUUGUCAAAGAAAACUUUGUAGCCACAGUAAAUUUACUGCCACUAUUCGACACAUGAUUAAAACUUCUAGAACGCCAUUUGACUUUGAUCCUUAUUCUUUCACUGAUAUGUGUUAAAUUUGGUAAAUAUCAAAAAGUGACGCCAUCUUACCGGGCAUCGGCUAAAGGUUGUGACGCCAUCGCUCGAAACGUUUGGCCAUUGAUGUUUUAGAUGGCGCCACUUUUUGAUAUUUAACAAAUUUAGCACAUAUCAAUGAAAGAAUAAGGGUCAAAGUUGGCGUUCUGAAAGUUUAAUGUGUCGAAAGAUGGCAUUAAAUUUACUGUGGCUACAAAGAUUUCUUUCACAAUCUACCUCUAUUUCAAAUUAUCUUUGCUAACAUUCACAAGAACUGACUGUUAUAAUAUGGUAACUAUAAAUUUCUUACUACUCUACUUUUUCUAUUUUCUUUACAGAAUUGAAUAUACUACUGAUAGUAGUUAAGAACAAUUUGCUUUUGCGAAUUAGAAGAUUUACAAAAAUACUUAUUUUGCUCUAUAAAAUGCCAGGGAUUUCAAUAAAAUACAAGGUGUAACUAAAAUAGUUCUGAAUAGGCAAAAGUACAAUAAAAAAAAAUUACGCGAAAGAAAUUUUGUUUUUGGGGCAGGUCGUUUAACUCGUCCUACCCUUGAUUCAAUUUAAAAAAAAAAAAAUUAACUGCUGACAUUUAACUCUUUCUAAUUCUGAACGGGGGUUGCCCAGGCAGAUUUAAACCAUUUCAGUAAAAAAUUACAAAAUUAAAAUAUUAGUUUUUGGCUCGCAUAGACCCGAAUGGGUAUAGUUAGAUGAUAUACAGGGUGAUUAUUUAAUCACCUGCAAUAAUUUACGGGCUGAAUAUAUAGGUCAUAUUUAGCAACUUUCACAAUAGGACAAACCCCGAAA